AAUAGUUAGUCGUUAAGGAAAUUAACUUCUCACCCCGUGCAAGGAGGGGGAUUGCAGUUAAAUCAGGAAGGAGCUCGAAAGAGGCCACGGGAAUCUGACGGGCGGACUGGACAAAGAGGCGGGGCAAAAAUCACCGAAAAGGCCAAGCGGCUUCAGGGAAGCUUUUGAGAGACCAGCCCUACUGUGGAGGGAGGACUGGGAGUCCAGCCAGUGGGAAGCCCACAGGCAUGAUGUGGCUCGAAUUAUGCUCCUAAGCGGCCAUGAGCUCAGAAGCUCUCCCAGACACGCCAAGGGCUGAGCACGAGACCAGAGGUGGAACAAGGAAACCCAGUCCAAAAUUUGAAAAAUAAACCAUGAAGUGCAGUGAAAAGGACUCAGCAGAUUCCAAAGAAAGUGAUUUGGCGAGAAAGAAAUUGGACUGGUCCUGCUCGCUCAUCGUGGCAUCUCUCGUGGGCGCCUUCGGCUCCUCCUUCCUCUACGGGUACAACCUGUCGGUGGUGAACGCCCCCGCUCAGUACAUCAAGUCCUUCUACAAUGAAUCAUGGGAAAGAAGACACGGGCAUCCAAUAGACCCAGAUACUCUGACUCUGCUCUGGUCUGUGACAGUGUCCAUAUUUGCCAUCGGUGGACUCGUGGGGACUUUAAUGGUGAAGCUGAUCGGAAAAGUUCUUGGGAGGAAGUACACUCUGCUGGUCAACAAUGGGUUUGCAAUUUCUGCUGCAUUGCUGAUGGCCUGUUCUCUGCAGGCAGGAGUCUUCGAAAUGCUCAUUAUGGGACGCUUCAUCAUGGGCGUGGAUGGAGGCAUCGCCCUCAGCGCACUCCCCAUGUACCUGAACGAGAUCUCGCCCAAGGAGAUCCGUGGCUCUCUGGGGCAGGUCACCGCCAUCUUCAUCUGCAUUGGCGUGUUCACCGGGCAGGUGCUGGGCCUGCCUGAGCUGCUGGGAAAGGAGAGCACCUGGCCAUACCUGUUUGGAGUGAUUGCUGUCCCCGCCUUUGUGCAGCUGGUGAGCCUGCCCUUUCUCCCUGAGAGCCCGCGCUACCUGCUCUUUGAGAAGCAUGACCAGGCAGGAGCCGAGAAAGCCUUCCAGACUUUCCUGGGCAAAGAGGAUGUCUCCCGAGAGGUGGAGGAGGUCCUGAUGGAGAGCCGCGUGCAGAGGAACGUCCAGCUGGUGUCCGUGCUGGAGCUGCUCCGGAGUCCCCUGGUGCGCUGGCAGGUCUUCACUGUGGUCGCCACCAUGGCCUGCUACCAGCUCUGUGGUCUCAAUGCGAUUUGGUUCUACACCAAUAGCAUCUUUGGAAAAGCUGGGAUCUCACCAGAAAAGAUCCCAUACAUCACCUUGAGCACCGGUGGCAUCGAGACUUUGGCCGCCAUCUUCUCCGGCUUGGUCAUCGAGCGCCUGGGACGGAGACCCCUCCUCAUGGGCGGCUUUGGGCUGAUGGCCCUCUUCUUCGGGAUCCUCACCAUCACGCUGACCCUGCAGGACCACGCCCCAUGGAUCCCGUACCUGAGUAUCGUGUGCAUCCUGGCCAUCAUUGCCUCAUUCUGCAGCGGGCCAGGGGGCAUCCCAUUCAUCUUGACCGGAGAGUUCUUCCAGCAAUCCCAGCGGCCGGCUGCCUUCAUCAUUGCAGGCACCGUCAACUGGCUCUCCAACUUCGCUGUUGGCCUCCUCUUCCCAUUCAUUCAGAAAAGUCUGGGCACCUACUGUUUCCUAGUCUUUGCUGCAAUCUGCCUCACAGGUGCUGUCUAUUUCUAUUUUGUCCUGCCUGAGACGAAAAACAGAACCCAGGCGGAAAUCAGCCAGGCAUUCGCCAAAAGGAACAAGGCAUACCCACCGGAGAACACUGACUCAGCUGCAUCUGACACUAAGGUGACCAGAAGGCCCGAGCCAGACCCCGCCUCCACUCUGGACAAUUAUGUCAAAAAUGGGGUUGUCUAAAUGGAUGAUCUCACCAUUUCAGGAAACCAAAGAUUUCCCUACAUGGUUAAUAGUAUUAAGUAUUUAAAAAUAAACCUUUGCUAAUCUAAUGUCACAACCAUUGGGGUUUUAUUCAUAGCUGAGUCUCCAAACUCUUCUGGAAGGUGGAAGGGAUUUCAGCUUAUGUUUCUCUAGAUCCACCCUUCUUCUAUUUGGAUCAAUGGCCUGUCUCCUUCAUGACUCAGCCCACGGUUUCAAAAUGAAAUUGGGGAAAUAGCACUUGACAGCUUUCUCAGAGGAAAACAGUAUAGAAAACAGGGGACACAGGAAUGGGAAGCCACAGACUGAUUUGCUAGUUCCAUACGUAGCCUCGAGCUGCCUCAACCUAGGUCCUGGGGCCUCAAGGGACCCUGGGCUUUGGUCCUAGAUGAAGGUUUUCGGAAUUUAGUGGAAAGACUCUUUGUACCUCCUAAUACAUACCUGUGACCAACCUUUGGUGUGGCCUUGUGGAUCUCAGGCUCAAGAAGCUGAUACCAACGCACCAUCCUCCAGGUUCUGCCCCUCCCAGACUGUGUCCCAUCCCUGAAACUGUCUCCAACUCAGAGGAUCAGAUGUGUGUUAGAAGGCAUAAAGAGGAUCAAGAUGUGGAAGAAGGAACUUUCCAGUGGGUGGGGCAGGGAUGCAAAGGGAGUUUUGUUCAACUUAAAAAAAAAAAAAAAACAGUAUUAAGAAUGACUCGGAAGCUAAGCCUAGUCUUGGUGGAAAGACAGGGCAGAAGACCCACGUCAUAGCUCAACCAGUAAAGCUGAGGGCACAUUCUCCCUUCCUCUGUCUCUUUGUUUUCUAUUCAAGCCCUUGACAGAUGGGCUGAGGCCCACCCACAUCGGGAAGAGCGAUCUGCUUUACUCAAGUCCACCAACUCAAACGCUGAUCUUGUCUGGAAGGCCCCUCGCAGACAUGCCCAAAAUAACAUUUAACCAAAAUCUGAGCACCCCGUGACCCUGUCAAGUUGACACAUAAAAUUAACCAUCACAGAAGGUGAGUUCGCUGUUUCUCAGAGUGCUCAAGCAAACGUGGGGUGAUUGCUUGUCUUGACUGUUGUUAAGGAAAUCUAAGUGUCGCUUGCAGAAGAAGUUGUUAGGAGUAGAUACGCUUGAGGACUCUUCCAACCCUUUUGUGCUAGGGCUGUUUGGGUUGGAACAACUUCCAGCCUGCCGUGAUAACGUACAUCUGUGUGGUUUGGGCCAUUCCCUGUACUUGCCUCCAGGAUGAAACAAACUCAAAAUGCCCCUAGAUAAAUGAAAGUGUGAGUGAGUUAGCACACGUGUGUUUGAAUUUAUGUCACAGUAGGAGUGGGCCAGAGAGGAACACCUCUGGACAGAGCAACACCACUGGAACCCCUUCGGCCCCAAUCCCUCGGGCUUUUCUGACCAUUCUUGACAAGGAUAGCCUUAGCCAAAAUCUGAAUUCUGAGUUUCCUUUCCUGCCGCACACUUUUUCAUCACUGGGCUACUCCUUUCGUUGAUUGCCAACUCAAUGCCCCGUACUCCCCAGCUUUGGUUUGGCGGAAAGAUUUGGACAGUGUUUGUCAAUAUGGAGAGAAAGUGAUAGGUGGGUACAAAAAGGUGCUUGAGACCAAAAAAGCCAAAUAAAGUGCAAAAAGAAAUCUUA